UUAACAUUUUUCAGAACCAUGGAAAAAAGUUUUCAUUCUCACCGUAGCAUCCACCAAGUACGAAACAAAGAAAAUUUGCAAAGACAACGCAGAAAACAAUUUUACUCAGAAAUUGGUGCAAAAAAAAAAUAAAAAAAUCUCCCAUAUCCAACACAUUAUCGGUUUUUUUUUUCUGCUGCAAAAAUUAGGGUUUCGAUCUUCUACUCUCUAUGCUCUUAUCUUCUUCAACUUUCUCUACUCGAUCUUCUCGCCGAUCUAAGUUCUCGAAUAAUUUUGAUCAAGUGUUAAUACAUUCGUUGAUUGUACAAUCCAAUGUAUAGCCAUGGACUCCGAGCAAAUUAGUGUUUGAUUAACCAAGUUCCAAACAGGUUGAGGAGACCUAGGGCCAAUAGUUUGAGUUUCUGAUGGAUGAUGCUGGGCACCGUGAAAAUGGAAGGCACAAAGCAGAUCAAUAUAAAUCUAGCCCCGGACAGUGGUUGAUGCAACAUCAGCCUUCUAUGAAACAAAUUAUGGCUCUUAUGGCUGAAAGGGAUGCACUUAUUCAAGAAAGAAACCUGGCUCUUCGGGAUGCUGCAAUCACAGAACGAAAUAAUGCUUUAAUUGAACGAGACAAUGCAAUUGCUGCACUUCAAUAUCGUGAAAAUUCCCUAACCAACAGCAGUAUGCCGUCCUCAUGCCCUCCUGGAUGCCAAAUCUCACGGGGUAUCAAACAUAUGCAUCAUCCACAGCAACAAGUACACCACAUGCCUAAUAAUAUGGGUGACGGUUCUUACACUGCAAGGGAAAUGCACACAAGUGAUUCCCUCCCAACUGUGCCCAUUCCUUCAGAGGCUGGGAAGUCCCGGCGAGGUAAACGACCAAAGGAGCCUAAGUCAGUUUCACCAAAUAAGAAGGCUUCAAAAGGUACUAGAAAGGUGAAGAGGGAUGACGAAGAUACUCACAAGAUGAUGUUUGGCAAGGCUAAUGAAUGGAAGAGUAGUCAGGAAAUGAUUAAUGGGAGCGAAGACCUUAACAAGCAGUUAGAGGUGACAAAGGCCGAUUGGAAAUCCCAGGACUUGGCAUUGAACCAAGUUGCGUACGAUGAGUCGACAAUGCCAGCUCCCGGGUGUUCUUGUACUGGUGUUCUGAGGCAGUGUUACAAAUGGGGAAAUGGAGGUUGGCAAUCUGCUUGUUGCACAACCACCCUUUCAGUGUAUCCCCUUCCAGCAGUUCCUAACAAGAGGCAUGCUCGGAUAGGUGGCCGGAAAAUGAGUGGAAGUGCUUUCAAUAAGCUGCUUAGUCGGCUUGCUACUGAGGGUCAUGAUCUGUCAAACCCAGUUGACCUCAAGGACCAUUGGGCCAAACAUGGUACAAAUCGGUAUAUCACGAUAAAGUAGAUCACCAGCAGUUGCGCCGCUGGUGUAGCAUUCCGUAUCAUGAUAUGUAGAGUCCACAAUUGAUGGAUUCUAAAGUCAUGGAUGAAAAAUAAGGCCAUUAUAUAAAGUUUCAUCUAUGAUUGAAUCUGCCUAAAUGGUCUGUGGCAGGGUAGAAACAUGGGCAUGUAAAAAAAGGUUACAUUAUGGAUAAAUAGCUCUAAAUUGUCUUGAUUAGUGCAUCUAGUCAUCAAACUCAAAUAAUUUUAGAGCCAUGUGCUGUUUGUGGUCACGAACGAUUCUAACAAAUACUCAAUUAUUCUGUAGAAUUGAUGUAUAUGUAAAAUUUCUUUCGGGUUUGUUGUUUUUCUGUUGUUUGUUCGUAGCUACAUCUUUAGGUGGUAGUAUUAAUGUAUGGCUGAAUUUGGCAACUGAUGCCCUUUCAUGCUUCUGUAAAUGUUCAUGAUGAUGGAAACAAUGAGAAGCGCGAUAAUGUAAUGAUUUUCCAUCUGCAAA